AUGGGCUUGCUGAUCAACUUCAACCUCUGCAUGACGACCCUUUUUGUCCUCUCCUUGCUGAUCGCCUUUCUUAGCCAAACCAGAACUGAAGCUGCUGCAACUCGCCUCAACACUGCCUGCCCAAACACAACCACUUUCACAGCCAACAGCACCUACCAAGCCAACCUCAAGCACCUCCUCGCUUACCUCUCCUCCAACGCCACCAGCAACCUGGAAUUCUACAACGCCUCAGCCGGAAACUCCGUUGACACGGUUUACGGCCUAUUCCUUUGCCGCGGCGACGUCCCAGCCGAAGCCUGCCGAGACUGUGUUUCCGUGGCAACCAAAGAGGUAGUCGGCCGCUGCCCCGAGGGGAAAAUGGCAGUGGCUUGGUACGAUGUGUGCAUGUUACGCUACUCUAACCGGUAUAUCUUCUCCACCAUGGUCCCCGACCCUACCGCUUACUCUUGGAGCACAGAGAAUGUUUUGGGUGCGAACCGGUUUGACGAGCUAGUGAUGGCGACAAUGAAUGAUUUGGCAACCGGCAUUUCAAAUGUUGGGUCUGGAGCUAAGAAGUUUGGGACGAAAGAAGCGAAAUUCACAAUGUCACAAACGUUGUACACCCUUGUGCAAUGCACGCCGGACCUGUCGGGUUACGAUUGCAAUAUAUAG